GUAAAAAAAAUUGAAACUCGGCAUUUUAUUUGGCGGAGUCGAGGGUCUCUCUCUACCGUCUCGUGGGUUAUUGGUUCUAGGUUUGUGGUUAUUUGUCAACUAAGUAAUACAUCGAGAUCUAUUAUUAUUAAUCCAAUUUAAUUUUUGGAAUACUCUUUAUUUUGGUGUGAAGGUUUGUCUAAAUUGUCCAAAAGCAAUGGGUGACAGUGAUGAUGAAUAUGGAGACAGAAAGCGAAGGGACAAGUUCCGUGGUGAGAGGACUGAGUCAUAUAGAAGUGGCGAGGGUCGCCGUGAAGAUCGUAGAAGGGAUGAAUGGAUAGAAAGGGAUACCUGGGGAGGAGGUAGGAGCAGAGCAAGGGGAGACUACAGGGGGACAGUGAGGGAGAGAUACAGCCCAGCACGUCAGCAUGAUUUCUCCCCACCUCCCAAACGCAUCAGAACUGAGUGGGAGGAUAGAAGAAUGCCAUACACAGAUACAAGCUAUAAUUACUCAUCAUCUUGGGGUCAAGAGACUCAAGCCCCUUACUCCAAUAAUAACCAAAGAACAGAACAAGUUGAAACACAGCCACCAAUGCUGUCACUGAAAGCAUUUUUACAAUCACAAGAUGACAAUAUCUCUGAUGAGGAAGCUAUUCGUAAAUAUAAUGAAUACAAACUCGAGUUCAGGCGGCAACAGUUGAAUGAAUUCUUUGUGGCUCAUAAGGAAGAGGAGUGGUUUAAAUUGAAAUAUCAUCCUGAAGAAUCAAUCAAAAGGAAAGAAGAACAAAGUGAUGCUCUUAAGAGACGAGUGGAAGUGUUCAUGGAAUUCCUAGAUAAUGGACGGUUGGACAAGGUAACCGUGGAUGCAGAACAGUCAGAACAACUGAUCAAAUUACUGGACGCAGCGGUGAUAAGACUGGAAGGUGGCACCGACCUUGACCUUGAGAUUCUCGACGAGGUACCUGUGCCUGCUCCCACACCAGCCCAGCCUACAAGUGAUGAUGAUACCAAACCGAUCAUUAAAAAAGAACCAGUAGAUGACGAUGAGAAGGAAAAGGAGGCAGCAGAUGGAGAAGUCACAGAGGAAGGAGAAAGUGUAAUAAAGAAGACUGAGGAUGGUAACAAAGAGGAAGAUGAAAAAGUUACUGUCAUAAAGUCACAAGAUUCUCCUGAAUCUUCAUUGACUACACCUAAAGAAAGUGCUGAUGAAAAGAAUAUGUCUUCAAUCGACGAUACAGAGCCCGUCAGCCUGAAUGGAGGGACAGAGGAGGAAGACGAAGAUAAGCAAGAACAAUCUCCAGUACAAGAACAAAAAAACAUUGCUGAUGAUGAAAUGUCAGUUGAUGAAGGGGAAUGUGAUGUUGAAAAGAAGAAAGAGGAAGAAAUAACUGACAAGUCGGAAAAGACAGAUAAGGGGAAGAUGGAAGAAAUGGAAGAGAAAAAGGAAGAUGACAAUUCCCCGAAACCGAGACCUCUACAUCGAACUGCAUCCAUAUUCUUACGCAAUCUUGCACCAACCAUCACAAAACAGGAAGUUGAAGCAAUGUGUAAGAGAUAUCCAGGCUUCCUACGAGUGGCUAUCGCAGACCCACAGCCAGACCGAAGGUGGUUCCGCCGUGGGUGGGUCACCUUUCAGAGAGACGUCAACAUCAAGGAGAUCUGUUGGAACCUCAACAACAUCAGGUUGCGUGACUGUGAACUUGGUGCUAUUGUAAACCGGGACCUGAGUCGGCGGAUACGAACUGUUACUGGAUUGACAGGCCACAAGCAGGUGCUCAGGCACGACCUCAAACUCGGAGCUAAGAUUAUACACAAUCUAGACGCAAAGACGAAUCUCUGGCAGGAUGAUAAGCCACAGCCUCAGCAAAGUUUCGGACUAGUAUCAAAAAAUCCAGUUCUCCGCAAUAUCACAGACUAUUUAAUCGAGGAGGCUUCUGCUGAAGAGGAGGAACUUCUGGGUCAAGCUUCUGAGACUGAGGACAAUGAUGAGAAGGAUCAGGCAAUGAUAAAGGUCUUAGAUAGGCUGCUGCUAUACUUGAGAAUAGUCCAUUCAGUUGACUAUUACAACCACUGCGAGUAUCCUAAUGAAGAUGAAAUGCCGAACCGGUGUGGAAUCAUGCAUGCCAGAGGCUCAUCUCCCACAUCCAAAGUGACUAGCCAAGAGAUACAGGAGUACUGUCGAGGGUUUGCCCAGAAGAUGGCUUGUCUGAUCAACAGCUGUGGAGAUGUGGAAGGGCAGGAGCUAAUCUCAUUAGGAGCUAAGGAAGCAGAGUCUGAGGUAGAGAAAUUUGUGGCAGCCAAUACUCAGGAGUUGGCCAAGGACAAGUGGCUAUGUCCGCUGUCUGGGAAGAAGUUCAAGGGGCCUGAGUUUGUACGCAAGCACAUAUUUAACAAGCAUGCGGAAAAGAUUGAGGAGGUCAAGAAAGAGGUUGAGUAUUUCAACAACUACCUUAGAGAUCCUAAGCGACCCAUGCUGCCUGAACACCCUGGCAACCGAUCAACAAAGAAGGAGCCUGCUCCUGAUCAUUCAGCACCUUCUUACUUUCAGUAUGGAGGUUACGGGGGUGGCAGAGGUUACCAGCACUACGGUGGGGGUUACGGAGGCUACCCCUCCGGCUACAGUCGGCCUGGCAGAGGUGGCUUCUCUCGUGGGGGCAGGAACACUCGUAGAGUGCACUUCGUCCAGACACGAGAUCUCUCCCAAUCCACUAAUCCUGUCCUUGUCCUGCCUGCACAGCAAUGGGGCGUAUCAGAUUAUCGACCAGUCAUUCACUACAGAGACCUGGACGCUCCUCGUGAGCCUGAUGAAUUUAUCUAAUACUACAUCUAUCAUACAAUCAAAUAACUUGCAAUUUUGUACAAACAGUAGUUGUAGGUAUGAGUGUCUCUAUGGCUAUGAUAGGUAUUAUUGUAGGCCUAGUCUCUUUUUAAACUACUAUUCUCGUAAUGUAAUGUGUAUGAGAUCACUUUGUAUUGGAUUGAUUUAAAAAAAUUAAGUAAAUUAUGUUUUCUUAAA